AUGCCUGAUAUGGACACGUCGUUAUCUACUUACGCGCACCUCCCCGUCCUCCCCCCAUCCAACGUGGCUGCCUGCCAAGGCCAGAUCCACGCAUUCGACUCCCAGGACCUCAUCGACGUCUACAUCCCAGACGGCCCUGAGACAGUCCUCUAUCGUUGUGAGCAGCAACUGUGCCCAAAUCGGACACCCCGAUCAAUCCCCGAGGACUACCCACGCUACAAAGCGAUCCGACGAGCGCAACACCCGCUCGGACCCCGAAGCACCCUUGCAUCUCGAUCAGCCUCGCGGCACUCUCGCCCUGUCUCCCCUAGCUCCCGUCUCCCUCAAACUGUCGUCACCGAUCCAGAUCAAGCGCGAGGAGAUCUCCCUCCAGACCCUGCGCCAGAGCCAGAGCCUGAGGAGAGUGAGGGUGAAGAAGGAGUCUCGGAGUCCGAGUCCGAGGAUUCUGUUGGGUCUGCCUCGCCGACAGCGUUCGCCCCCGCGUCAGCAGUCCCUGACGUACGUAACCUCCCCGCCGAACUUCCUCCGGCGCCUUCACCGCCGACUCCGCCGAGAGGCUGCUCGAGCACUCGCUCCUCUCGAAGUUCGACCAGCAGAGGGCCACCACAGCCGCCUCCACCCCCGCAAUGUCCUCCGUCCCCCCCGACGCUGAUAAUGUCAUCCCCCGCAGCCGCCCCCGACAAGGAGACUUUGAAACUUCUCCUCCCCCUCCGCUAUGACGGCAAAACCGUCAUCGAAUGCGACAGGUUCCUGUCGCAACUUCGUAUCUACUGGUUGAUCAACACGUCGUUGACGACCAUUGAGCUUAAG